AUGGAUAUUGCCAUCCAGCACCCCUGGUUCAGACGCGCCCUGGGCUCUGUCUACCCUGCCCGUCUCUUCGACCAGUUUUUUGGAGAGGGCAUGUUUGACUACGACCUUUUCCCCUACACCGCCUCAACCAUCAGCCCCUAUUACAGACAGUCGCUGUUCCGCAACUUUUUGGAUUCUUCCAACUCCGGCAUGUCGGAGGUGAGGUCCGACAGGGAUAAGUUUGCAGUCUUCCUGGAUGUCAAGCACUUCUCUCCUGAUGAGCUCUGUGUUAAGAUCACUGAUGACUAUGUGGAGAUCCAGGGCAAGCAUGGAGAAAGACAGGAUGACCAUGGUUACAUUUCUCGUGAGUUUCACCGCCGCUACCGCCUCCCCUCCAAUGUAGACCAAUCAUCAAUCACCUGCUCCCUGUCAGUUGAUGGUUUGCUGACUCUGAUUGGGCCAAAGGUCCCUGGUGGGAGUGAAUCCAGCCGCAGUGAGCGCAACAUCCCUGUCACCCGUGACGACAAGCCCAAUGCUGCUGCGUCCUCCUAG